UUAAUUAUUUUAUUUUAAAUGAAGGUGGGUAGGGGGUGGGGUAAGUGAACCAACAGCCGCAGCAGCUUAUCUUCCAAGAAUAACAUCACCAUAAUCAUCACCAUCACCCUUCUUCCUUCAUGCACACUUACCACCACCACCAUCACCAAUAAUUUUAACACCCCAAAAGAAAAAGAACAAAAAAAAAAACGUUCUUGAUAUUUUGUCGGUGUUACAAAAACUGAGAAGCUAUCGAGAGUUUUUUGUUUGGUUAGAACAGAGCAAGUAACCUCUGUAUCUGAUAAAUCCCUGUCUUGGUUUUCUUUUAUGUCCGAGAUUCUUCGAUAGAAUUCCGACAAACUGUCAGCUUCCAUUCCAUGUUAAGGCUACGUGCUGUCGUUGUUUGAUGGAGGCGCAACCUUGAUUCUUUAAUCGUACUGAAAAAGAAAGUCCCUUUUAGAUUUGAUCCGUAACUAUGCGAAAUAAAUCCGUGUUUUUCUUCUUCCUUGUUGAAAUUAGCACAAGGUGUUUGAUAAAAAGUGGCAACCAUUUCGAUUUGCAAAUCCGAUUCUGUGUAUCCAUCAAAUUAACUUAAAAUUGCUUGCUGUCCGUAUUAUUAUGCUGUCAUUGCUGUAAAUUUGUUUCUCCUCAAUUUUCGUGCUAUUUUAGGUGAAUUCUGCAUUUUGCUGAAAAAAAUACGUGCUAUUAGUUUGUUUGUUUCUUCACUUUCAAGCGAUUUCUGUGCUUAUUUUCAGUGAAUUCUGCAUAUAUUCGUGCCUCAUUUUCAAUUUUGCUGAAAAAAACAUGUUGUUUUUGGUUAUAGUAGAGUAGUAGAUUUGUUCAAGUAUGGUGAAGGAGAAAGAGAGAGAGAAAGCAAAUGCUAGUUCACCAGACACGGUUCUUGAGGAUUUCUUGAGAACUGCAGAAUCUCAAACUGAUUCCUCAAAAGCAAGCACCUCGGAAUCCCUAGUAGAGAUCGAUCCUAAGCCGGUCUCGCGACUGGCCGGAUUUUUCCAGUUGUUGAGAUUCAAAUCCAAACGGCAGCUAGCCACAUUGCAGCCCCGCAACGCGCUUGGAUUGUCGAAAAGAUUUAGCAGUAGCUUUAGGGAGCAAGUUAGUAUCGCGCCCAACGCCCUUCUUGAUACGAAUUUGAACUAUUUUAAGCCUCAAUGGAAGAACUUUAGCUUGUUAGAACUCCAAACAGCGACCAGCAACUUUUGUCAAGGUUAUCUGAUCGGAAAGGGCGGUUAUGCUGAGGUGUAUAGAGGACGUUUGCGUGGGGGGCAGCUCGUUGCCAUCAAACGCUUGACAAAAGGAGCUAUGGAAGAAAGAAUUGCAGAUUUUCUCACAGAGCUCGGGAUAAUGGCGCACGUGAAUCAUCCCAAUACUGCUAAAUUGAUAGGUUAUGGUGUUGAAGCUGGAGUGUACCUUGUUCUCGAGUUAUCUCCCCUUGGAAGCUUGGCUUCUAUGCUUCACAAUCCAAGGGAGAAGGUGGAAUGGAGUACUCGUUACAAGGUGGCGUUGGGAACGGCUAAGGGGUUGUUGUACCUUCACGAGGGCUGCCAAAGGCGGAUCAUUCAUCGUGAUAUUAAGGCUGCAAACAUAUUGCUUACUGAGGAUUUUGAACCUCGGAUAUGUGAUUUUGGCCUCGCGAAAUGGCUACCGGACCGAUGGACUCACCUCACCGUUUCAAAAUGUGAAGGCACUUUUGGUUAUCUAGCUCCCGAGUUCCUAAUGCAUGGAAUAGUCGACGAGAAAACUGAUGUAUUCGCCUUUGGCGUGCUGCUGUUGGAACUCAUCACUGGGCGCCGCGCCCUUGAUUAUUCGCAGCAAAGCCUUGUUAUUUGGGCUAAGCCUCUGCUGAAGAAGAACAAAAUCCAUGAGCUCAUCGAUCCAUCGCUUGCUGAAAACUACGACGCCAUGCAAAUGAAUCUCGUGAUCCUGGCAGCCUCGUUAUGCGUCCAGCAAUCCUCGAUCAAGCGGCCACGAAUGAGCCAGAUUCUGUUGCUUCUGAGAGGGAGCUGCGGCAGCCUAGACCUGAUCAGGAAAUGCAAGAAGCUGUCAAGCUGGAAGAAGUACUACAAGGAGCUCUUCAGCGCCGAGAGGUACAGCUUCGAUGGCCUUAACGCGCGAACGCGUUCGGCCCUCGAAGCUUAAACCGGUACCACCAAUUUUGUUUCGAGUGCAAUUAGGCAUGUUUUGGACCAUCCGAAUAUAUACAAAGUUUUAUGUGAUUAAUAGGGUAAAGAUUUAUAGGACAAAUUAGCAAUUACAUUAGUACAAUGAUGAUUGCCUGGAAAUGGCAGCUACAAAGGGCAAAAAUAAAGGUAGCUGUUAUGAUACAUAUGUAAUUGUACAUAUGAUUUUAUUUGUAUUAGUAUAUUUAUAUAAUUAUAUGUUAGAAUGUAUGUUCGACUA